GAGGCGGUGCCCGGCGGGCGAAGCGGGGAGAGAGAGAGUGAGAGAGAGAGAGAGACUGACACACUCUCUCACACACACACAGACGCACCGAGUGAGGCUGCGCUCUGGGGGCUUCGGGCUGCGCUCGCCGCCGCCAUCGCCAUCAGCCUGUUGCUGGCUGCACUGAAAAUUCAGAAUGGGAGACAAGCCUAUUUGGGAACAGAUUGGUUCCAGCUUUGUACAGCAUUACUAUCAGUUAUUUGAUACAGACCGGACUCAGUUAGGAUCAAUAUAUAUAGAUGCCUCAUGCCUUACAUGGGAAGGACUACAAUUUCAGGGCAAAGUAGCUAUUGUUGAAAAACUCUCAAGCCUUCCUUUUCAGAAAAUACAGCACAGCAUCACAUCCCAAGAUCAUCAGCCUACACCAGACAGCUGUAUACUCAGUAUGGUAGUUGGACAACUUAAAGCCGAUGAAGAUCCUGUUAUCGGAUUCCACCAGAUAUUUCUAUUAAAGAACAUCAAUGAUGCUUGGGUUUGCACCAAUGACAUGUUCAGGCUAGCAUUGCACAACUAUGGUUGAAAUGACAUCCCUGAGGCAGCUGCCUUUUUUUUUUCUCCUCCUCUCCUCCUUACCAAUAUUAAUCACACCCAUGGAACAUUCCAAAUAUCAUACACAAACCUGCACACCAUGGCAAGCAAGCAAGACUUGUGACAUACCCUUCCGAAGAGUUUUAUGUUGUGUCACUAGAAGAGUUCCUUGUGCAUGAUGUUUGGAAGUUAGAAUUAGCUGCAUUUGACAAAGGAAGGGUAUGUUUUACCAGCAUGCCUUGGGAAGAAUCCGUAAUACAAAAAAGUUCCUGUACUGACAAGUUUCUCUAAUAACCCAAAGAAACAAAAGGAUAUGAAAGAAUAGCCAGCCUGAAGCCAACUCAGAUAAUCGAUUUCUUUCUUUUUUUUUUCCUUUUUUUUUUUUGGUUGUUGUUCACAUAUUUCAGUGCUGCAUUAUACAAUAAAACCAUGUGAUUUUCUUAACAA